AUGCAAGCGUCUAUGAAUUGUCCAGCUGGUACCUUCUUCGAAGCAACUCGUAAGACCUGUGAUUUCAAAGAAAGGGUAGUCGCUUGUGGUGGAUCGCUUGAUGAGCCUAUUCCAUCGGUGCAUUCCCCUGUCGUGGCUAGAACCACCACGCCUGCGAGUGUGCAUGCCCAUAGUUGUGCGGCUCCGCUGCAGCCGCUUGGGCGUUGCUCGUCGAAAUUCGUUGCCUGUUCAGAUGGAGAACUUAGCGAAUCCCACUGCUUCAAACCCCUCGUAUUCAAUCCGCUUACGAUUACUUGCGACUUCCGAGAAUUCGUAUCCGAAUGCGCCGAGUACAAAGGCGCAGACGCUCCUACCACGCAGGUGGUAACUACCACUGUGCAAACGACGACCACAACUGAGGCUCACAAAUGCGUAUUCAACGAGAAACGGCAGGCCUUCGCUUUCGACUACUGUGCGCGGGAGUAUGGGCUGUGCUCAAAGCGUGGAGUAGUAGAACGUGCUGAAUGCACUGUCGGAUUCUUGUUUGAUGCACACCUCAACACGUGUGUCCCUGCCGAGCAAUGUGGACAGCGAAAAUUGGAGGCUGUCCUCAGCAAGAUAGGAAGUCUGCAGAAGUCUUUUCUGCAGCAUCCAAUACCUGUGUAUCGCGAGCUACUGCUCCAGAAUGUCAUGCGUAACAGAAAAUAG